UGGGCUUUGUAACCGAGACUGAUUUCAGUCUCAUACCCGCGUGCACCAACCACCAGCAACUCCACAGCAGCAGCCACACGACGAUGGCCGACACACCAACGACAGCGUUUGCUGUGCGCAGCCGCGAUGGGCUCGUGUUGUGGUCUGGCCCGCCAGGCGAUAUCGUCCCCACCAACCGCAUUCAGGAGCCCGCUGCUUGCCGUGCGCUCGUCUUUUCCAAGGCUGGCGACAAGGUCGCGUGGUGCAAUGGCCGAGAGGUUGUUGUGUUGAACCUCGAGACCAACGAGCGCGAGUGCACCAUUGCACGCCCCAAGACCAGCGCCAUCGCCUUCUCCCCAAAGGCCACUCACCUCUGCACCUGGGAGACCUUCACCACCAAGGAUGGCCAGGCCAACCGCAACUGCGGCGUGUGGGCGCUUCCCUCUGGCGAGGAAGUGAUGACAUACAGCCACAAGCAGCGCUCCAACUGGCUGCCCAAGUGGACCGAUGACGAGAGCGUGUGCGUGCGCCAGACCCCCAACACGCUUCUCUUCUUCGACGGCGCCAACAUCACUGCAGCCCCUACGCAGAAGCUGAAGCUUGAAGGGCUGACGGCGUUUGAGGUCGCCCCUCGCCUCCCCCACUGCCGCGUCGCCGUCUGGAUCCGCGGCAAGAAGGGCAUGCCGUCUGCGGUGCGCGUGUACUCGCCGACCAACCUCAACGCCCCCAUCGCGUACAAGUCGUUCUUCAAGGCAGACACCGUCAGCAUGAACUGGAGCAACAAGGGGUCUGAGGUGCUUGUGAGCACGCAGACGGAUUCCGACUCAUCUGGCGCGUCGUAUUACGGCGAGACGGCCCUGUACUUCCUCACCUGUCACGAUGGCACCAGCGCCAACGUCACCCUCGACAAGAAGGGUCCGAUUGCCGGGUGCGAGUGGUCUCCAAACGGCCGCCACUUUGUUGCCAUGUACGGCACCAUGCCAAACAAGGCGAGCGUGUUCAAUUACAAGUGCAAGCGGGUGCAGGAUCUUGGCACGGGCCACCGCAGCAUGGCGCGCUUCAACCCACACGGCUCCGUCCUCGCCCUCUGCGGCUUUGGAAACCUUGGUGGCGAGGUUGAGAUCUGGGACACGGACAAGUGGGAGAAGAUCAACCGGUUUGUUGCGUUCAACACGACGACGUUUGAGUGGUGUGCGGACAGCCGCCACAUUCUCAUGGCCACCACCACCCCGCGCUCCACCGUCGACAACUGCUUCAAGGUGUGGCACUACACGAAGGGUGAGGUGAAGAAGCAGGAGUACGGCGAGCUGUACGAGGUUGCCUGGCAGCCCAUGUCGUGGAAGGCGUUCCCUCGUCGCCCGCUCUCCCCCGUUCCACAGGAGGUCAAGGAGGCCGCGUCUGCACCGAAAGCCGAGCCGUACCGCCCCCCUGGCAUGCGCAACCGCGUUGUUGGGAUGCAGCCCGUUGUUGUUCCUCCUGGCGGCGGCGACGCAGACAAGAAGAAGAAGAAGAACAAGAAGAAGAAGAGCAAGAAGAAGAAGCCAGAGCCCGAGCAGGAAAAGUCUGCAGCAGAGAAGCCCCCCUCCGAGCGGACGGAGGAAGAGACGAAGGAGGUGUUGAAGCGUGCGCGUGCACUCAAGAAGAAGCUUCGCCAAAUUGACGCCCUCAAGCAGCAGCAGGACGAGGGAGAGACGCUGAACCAGGAACAGCUUGACAAGCUUGCCUCUGCCGCUGCCCUUGAGGAAGAGCUCGAGUCUCUCAAGAUUGAGGACGACAGCAAGUAGUGUGUGCCGGCCCUCCUCUUGCUUGCAGGCACGCACCUCUGUGAUGUGUGCAUGUUUGCAUGUGCUUGAUGGGGUUGGGCAGGAUGCAAGCGUGUUGUGUUGUUGUGGCACGACUGAGCAGCCAUCCUUCCAACUUCUGCAUUGUCGAUGCGCUGUGGAUGCGUUGCUGUUUCUUGUCACGUGUGUCUAUGUGUGUGUUUGGUUUGUUGGUGUUUGCUAGCUGUGCGCUGACGCAAUGAAGAAUGAAACACAACUGUUCACUGAA